AUGACUCAAAUUAAUUUCAAUGGAAAUCAUGUCUUAUCAAAUCUUGUAACGAGCAAAAGUCUUCCGGUUUAUACUUGUGAGAGAUUUGAAAACUCUUGUACAUUUAAUCAUGUGAACUUAACACUAACGGACUACAAAUGGCAGCCAGCAGCUGAAGAUCCUGAAACAAUCGAAUUAGUCAGAUUUUUCUCGAGCAACAUUCCAGUGGUUUACGACAACAUUUGCAAAACUUUUCCAUCUUUGAAGAAUUUUCAGGUAAUCCGACAAGGAGUUCAUGAAAUCACUGAAGAUGCCUUCCAUAGUUGCAAAAAUCUCCAAGCUUUAAUUUUUGCAAAUAAUUUCAUCAAGAAAUUGCCUCCAAAUAUCUUCAAAGGACUAACAAAUUUGGAACAUAUUGAAAUUUCUGACAAUCAAUUACAAGGAUUUUCAACUCCUGAUUUGUUCAGCGAUUUGCCAAAGUUGAAAGCUUUGUAUCUCGAAGUAAACAACAUCACACAGUUGCCUGCCGACAUGUUCAAAACCAAUCAAAAAUUGCAAUAUCUUUGGAUGAGCUCGAAUGACUUGUCAGACAUUGAAGUUGAAAAAUUCUUAGAAUAUCUACCAGAAUUGCAGAAUUUUUACAUUAACGAUAACGAGAUAUCUUGUGCUCGUGCUGUGGAUAUAAUCAAAAUUUUAGAAGAUAAACGAAUGAAAUACAAUAAUUUAUAUGAACUGAAGGUACGUUACUAUUCAAAAGAAGUAGUUUUUGAUAGAUUCACUUGCGUUCCCGAUGUUUCGUGGAUGGCGGCGCAUUAUAGGAAGGAAAACUCAAAAAUAAUUGAGUACAUGAAAGAUAAUGAGAAAAAUUUGAAUGAAAAAAUUAAACUUUUGGAAGAAAAAUUAAGCUCAUUUGAAAAAAUUGAAGAAGCUUUGGAAAAAUUAAUUGAAUUGUCACAAAAAUAA